AUGGAGUUUUAUAGAGAUGCCACAUGGGUGCUGGAGUUUGUAGAACAAGAGGAUGCCAAGGGAAGAAUCUCGGGAUCGCUUCAAACUUUGGUGUUUCAAAGUUGUAAACGAUACAAAUUGAAAUGCAAUCCAAAACAUGUCUAUGCUGUGUUAGAUUCAUGUUGGAAAUACAAACCAUAUUUGGAGAAGGUAAUGAAAAAAUCAGGGAUAUUGGAUGAAAUUCCGAAGAGGAAGGGGAAGCCCAUGUAUUCUCGAUUAACUUUGAUGUUGAUGUGCCAUGAUUUACUAUUCUCGAAGGCUAAGCGAAUUCAGAUGGGGAAGUUACCCAUAAAGACAUACGUUCUGAAGCAUAAAAGUAGGUUACAUAGUGAACUGGUCAAAUUGAAACUGAAAUUGAAAGUGAAGAACUUGUCUGAGUUAGUUUCUAACGCCGAUUCUGAAAAUGAUAUGACUCCAGUGAGAUGGAUCCGUAUCAAUCCACUACGAUGUGAUGUCGAAGCAACUAAGUUGGAAAUACAGAAGAAGUUCCCAACUCGGGUGGAAAAUUGGUCAGAUAUCGUACCAGGUUCCAUCUACUACGAUGAGUAUAUUCCCAAUUUAUUCGGUAUUCAUCCUCAAGACAAGAUAACAUCUCAUAAUCUGUACAAGCAGGGGAAAAUUAUUAUCCAAGACCGUGCUUCUUGUUUCCCAGCACAUAUUCUUCAUCCAGAUGAAAAUGACGUUGUCAUUGAUGGAUGUGCUGCUCCAGGAAAUAAAACCACUCAUACAGCAUCAUACAUGAUCAAGGAACCAUCGAAGGACCCUAAAAUCCAAAUAUAUGCCUUUGAGAAGAAUCCUGAGAGGGCUAAAAUUUUGGAUAAGAUGAUUAAGGUGGCGGGCUGUUCAAAGAAUAUCAAGAUUAAUGUUGGUGAUUUUACUAAGAUUGCCCUUCCAGAAAAAUAUAAGGAUGUAACUGGGUUUAUUGUUGAUCCAAGUUGCUCAGGAAGUGGUAUCUUUGGUCGUAAAUUUAUUGAUUCGUUGAAUAGAAAGAAGAUGAAUAAGGAUGAAGCAGAUAAGAAAGAGGGAGACGAAGAAGAAGAAGUUCCAGAUGAGCAAGAGGAGUAUAACAAGCGAGAAGAUUUGAAAACGCGUCUCUCUAAGCUAUCGUCUUUUCAAUUUCAAGUAGUUAAACAUGCGAUGAGCUUCCCCAAUGCCAAGAAGAUUGUCUACAGCACAUGUUCUAUUCACGCUGAAGAAAACGAACGUGUCGUAAUAGAUUUAAUGCUGGACAGCAAAGUGAAACAAUGGGGGUGGAAAGUGGCACCACGAAGCAAAGUGAUACCGACAUGGCCCAGAAGAGGUAAAGUGGAAGAGUUCGAAGAAGUCUUCAGAGAAGAUGGCAACUCUUCCAAAUGUGAGGAGCUAGCUGGUGGAUGUAUCAGAGCCCUUCCACGAUCUGAUGGUGGGAUUGGGUUCUUUGCCGUAUGCUUUGAACGAUAG